CUGCUAAAUUUGGGGCGAGAGGGAUCGGGUUCCUUCUGCAAGCACACAUGAUCCUGUCCCAGUUACAGGAGCCUUCUCUCACACACUUGCUCCUCUUCAGCUUGAACAGCACACACACUGUCACUCACCGAACUCACGCUCUUUUAUAUUGUGUUUUAAUGUUCUUUUAACAAACCCCUUCCUAACAGACCAAGAUUUUCGAGAUCAUCCAGGUGACCCGAUCUGUGCAUCCGGCUUCAUCCAACUCGGAAGUUUGCUCGGCGGGUAGGAAGGCAUCACGCUGACCCGCCAUGUUUCUGGUUCUGGUGGUCACAGAAGAGUUGAGGGAGUUCCUGGCCAGAGCGAGAAGUGGAUUUGGCCGCCUCAUCCAGGUGUUGAUCAAAGACGAGCAGCUGGUCCUGGGUGCAUACAGAGAGCCACGUCAGAGUUGGGAUAAAGACUAUGACCAUUUCCUACUUCCCCUUCUGAGCCCUCUCGAGCCCUGUUACAUUUUAUAUCGUCUGGACUCUAAAAACGCCCAAGGCUAUGAAUGGCUCUUUAUCUCCUGGUCACCUGACCAGUCUCCAGUCAGACAAAAGAUGCUGUAUGCAGCCACCCGAGCAACAGUGAAGAAAGAGUUUGGUGGUGGCCACGUCAAAGAUGAGAUGUUCGGGACAGUCGAGGAAGAUGUUUGCCUUCAGGGUUACCUGCGUCACAUGACGUCGUGUUCAGCACCAGCCCCUCUGACAGCUGCUGAACAGGAGCUACAGCGAAUCAAAAUCACAGAGGUGAAAACUGAGAUCAGCGUGGACCCUAAACAUCAAACUCUACAGGGUCUUGCAUUUCCCUUAAAGGUCGAGGCUAAACGUGCCCUACAACAGCUCGCAGAGAGACGGAUCAACUACAUCCAACUGAAGUUGGACACAGAGAAGGAAACCAUUGAUUUGGUUCACACCAGCCCGACAGACAUCCGUGAUCUACCCCGCCGGAUCCCAACGGAUACACCCAGAUAUCACUUCUUCCUCUACAAACAUUCACAUGAGGGGGAACACCUGGAGUCUGUCGUGUUCAUAUACUCCAUGCCGGGAUACAGCUGCAGUGUCAAGGAAAGGAUGCUGUAUUCUAGCUGCAAAAGUCGACUGCUGGAGGAAGUCGAGAGGGAUUUUCACCUAGAGGUGGCUAAAAAGCUGGAGAUUGAUAGCGGAGAUGAACUGACAGAGCAAUACCUGUAUGAUGAGGUCCAUCCUAAGCAGCAGACUCACAAGCAAGCCUUCGCCAAACCCCGCGGGCCUGCUGGGAAAAGGGGAAACAAACGUCUCAUCAAGGGAAGUGGAGACAGCUAGGAAGCAGAGAAAGAUGAACUUCAGUUGUACCUGUAAUGUUCCACAGUUCCUAUUUCUAAUCUGCUCUUCCCACGAUAGUUUAAAUAUUGUGUUCAUUUUUUUUGUUUUUACUUUUUUUGGCUUUGGUAUCUCUUUGGAUAUUUAUUAAUUUGGUGUGCUAACCUGUAUAUCUUUGAGAAAGAGGAAAACUCAGGAAUUCAUUAUGUCUAUGUACAUUUUCUUAGCAUAUUUUCCUACACAAUCUCGUACAUGCGUACUCUCAUACACAUGUACACAUUUCUUCUAAAUGUCUACACUCAAUAUAAUUUUGAUAAGAAAUAACAGUUUUUAAUGCUAGUAGAGAGCUUAUAUUAUAAACAUGUUUGUGGUUUGUAUUAAUAAUUUAGAAGAGAAUAAGGUAGGCUGGUUUACUCUGAAAAACAUGUAACCAUUGAAUAGUCCAAGAACAAGUAGAGCCAGAUCGGACAUAAAAACAAAAUGUGAUUACUUGACUACUGUAUGUCAGCUUUUCAGCUGGUAACAGAUGCUGAACGAUGCAGAUUGACUUUAAGACAAGUAAAUGUGAUUCAAUGUGAUGAAUAUGAAUAAUAUUUUUUGUCUCAUACAUUGAUUUGAUAAUUUUGUUUCUCUUUUUUGUCAUAUAUCAUAAACAUACAGCACUAAAAUUGGCUCACUGGCUCGUAAUCAUAGGGGAACCAUUUUAAGUGCCAUAUACUGUAAAAAAAAUUCCGUAGAAAUUGCAGCUGGGUUGCCGGUAAUUAAAGUUAAAUGAACAUUAAACAUUUACAAGUCUUUGUCUUUACAGAGUAAAACUAAAAAAACAGCAUCAAGCAAAACAUUCUGGGAAACAAAAUCUGAAAAAGGUUGAUGAUGAUUUCUGGUUCCCAGAAUGCUUUGCAUGUGGCUGUUAUUGUAUAGUUUUAUUCUGUAAAGAUAAAGACUUGUUAAUAUUUAAAAUUUAUUUAACUUUGAACAAACUCUUACCAGUAAAUAGCAUAAAUUUUAAUCUACGGUAAAUUACCGGCAACCCAGCUGCAAUAACAUUGUAAUUUCCACUGAAUUUUUUUUACAGUGAGCACCUGUGUAGAACCCUAUUGUGCUAUAUAGAACCAUAUCUGGUGCUAUAGUGACGCUAUAUCACCCCCAGAUGGUUCUUCAUAGGUGCUAUGUAGCACUAAAAAUGGUUCCCCUAUGAUUACGAGCUUUUAGCACUCAUUUUUUUUAGAGUGUAUCUCAUCUCAAAAUGUUGUGUAAAAGUAUCUUCUAGUAGGCAGAUAAUUCCAAAUAAAACUUUUAUGUCCAACA